AUGGACAACACAGCGGGCAACACGGUGGACCGCGUCAUGAAGCUGGUCCCGGAGUAUGUGAAGAAUAAUUUGGUGCACGGAAUUCAAUAUGUUCUGCAAGCCCAGACCAAUCCCGACGAUGGGUCUGUCCUGACGCACGUGAGGAAGAUGUACCUUGCGCUACAGCCUACGCGCAUUUUGGCACAAAACGCCCUUGAUGACAUGCAAGGAUCGCUUCAACUCUGGUUGGAAAGCCAAAUUGUGCAGAAGGUGGAUGCAGUGAUAGACCUGAUGGCAAAACUUCAGGUCGAGAUGAGCUCCUUCAACGACACGUCAGGAGCAAACCACACGGCCAAGGUCACCGCCGACUUGGAGAAGAUCAUCGCCUACAUCGAGCAGCUUUUUGAGAGGCACGAGUCACACAAAGACCGUGCUAUGGAGCAAUCGUCGCAGACGCAUGCCCUGAUGAACCACGUCAAGCAGACAAAUGGCUUGGCCAACAGCUGCCUGAACCAAGUGAACCAGGUGAGCAACACCCAGUGGACUCACAGCGACCAGCUGUCCAGCCUGCAUGAGACCCAACGUGAGCAGGAUGACAAGCUGAAGAAGCAGUCGGACACUUUGUCCAAACUGCAGAGCCAGCUGGAGAAGAUCAUCUUGAAACUUACCCCCGCUAUGCCCACCAAAGCGCCUCCUCCUCAGCCACCGACGGCCUCGACUACACCUGCUGGGACUGCGACUUCGACUCCAACGACACCCGCGCCACAAGUCCCAGCACAAGCACAGCCUACGACUCCUGUGCAUCCUGCUGGACCGCCACAAUCUUGCAGCCCUCCGCAUGGUGGACCUGAGCCGCCUGUCAUCCGCUUGAGUGACCAGAUGGGACCGAGACAGCCUCUCCAACUUUUCGAGAGCCUGACUGUGCCUUCGCGCUGGCCGUCACAACCCUUCGAUCCCCGAGAUCCCAGGGCACAACAGGCCUUGGCAUAUCUCAUGGGAAUUUUCAACAGUCAGUGA